AUGCUUCCUAGAGAGAUGAAAUGCGGCGUUCAGCCAAUGAAGCGCACGGCUGCAAACUUUUUUCAAGAAAACUCGCGUAUUAUUGGGGGAGAGGAUGCCGAGGAAGGCGGACAGCCUUGGACAGUAUCUUUGCAGUAUCGUAGUGGACACAUCUGUGGAGGAAGCAUCGUGGGGACGACUGAGGUGGUAACGGCUGCACACUGCGUUUACUUUUUGAGCAGUCAGGUGAGGCACUUGACUGUUGUUGCUGGAGAAUACGAUCGGACAGCUGUCGAUGCUGAACAACAAAAUAUCUCUGUUUCAAGCAUCAAGGUCCACCCAAAAUACCGUCUGGAUGGAAGUAUGAGCUACGAUGUUGCAUUGAUUUACCUCUCUCAGCCAAUCACCAUGGGUUCUGAGGUGCAGCCGAUCUGUCUGCCACAGUUGGGGGAGAAGGUUGACAUUGGGACAUUGUGUGUCUCCAGUGGAUGGGGGAGAGUCGGAGAAAAUGUGGAGUUGUCCGAUGUCCUGCAGGUGGUGACUCUUCCCAUCCUAGACACCAAAAUCUGCGGCUCAGUACUGGACUCCAUGGGGCUGCCGGCUUUACGUGACUCCAUGUUAUGUGCAGGCUUCCCAGAUGGGGGGAAAGAUGCUUGUCAGGGAGACUCUGGCGGUCCCUUGGUGUGCCAGAGGAGAUCUGGGACUUGGUUCUUGGCCGGGACUACCUCCUGGGGUGUUGGUUGUGGAAGAGUGUGGGGCAAGUCCGCGACGAGCAGCGAGGCUCUGGGGUCCCCGGCGAUAUUCGCGAGGAUUUCCGCUGUACUGGAUUUCCUGAGAAACUCCACAGCUGACAGUGGUUGUAGCUCCGAGCCGCAGAUGAUUGUAGACACAAAUGGGGUCAUCAAGUAUCCAUUGGAUGCCACCAGCAAUUAUUCCAGCAACAGUCUAUGUCGCUGGACAGUCACUGUACCUGAGCAAGAGAUCAUCCAGAUCCAGUUCAUCCGGAUGAAUAUUGAAGAUCACGUGACCUGCGUCCUUGACUCUUUAACUUUUUCAGUGAAACAAAAGAUGAUCAGGAAAGUGUGCGGAACCACAUUACCAUCUCCGAUACUUAUCCAAUCCAAGGAGGUGACAGUCACGUUCUUUUCAGAUGCCACCAUUAAUGGCGGCGGCUUUGAGCUGAAAUUCUUGGCCCUUCCAGCUUCUUCAGUACAAGAGUGGCCGGUGUGUGGCGUCUCAUUGGAGCGGGCGGUGCGUGGAGUCUCCUUGGAGCGGGCGGUGCGUGGAGUCUCCUUGCAGCGGGCGGUGCGUGGAGUCUCCUUGGAGCGGGCGGUGCGUGGAGUCUCCUUGCAGUGGGCGGUGCGUGGAGUCUCCUUGGAGCGGGCGGCGUGCUCCGGUUGCGGUAGUGUGGCGCUGCUGAAGAAAGAAGAGAAAAUCUACACCCGCAAUUACCCCGGCUUGUACCCCAGUAGCACUACAUGUCGCUGGGUCAUUGAGGCACCAAAAGGCCAAAUUGUCCAAUUGCUUUUUCUAGAUUUUGCUGUGGAGUUCCAGGAGGAAUGUCUCUAUGAUCGGGUUUCAGUGUACGGCGACCGAGACCAAAAACACUUAAUCGUAACUUUAUGUGGAUUUUCUGUGACUCAGCCAGUCUACAGCCCGGGGAACAUAAUGGUCGUUGUAUUCAAGAGCGAUGCUGAGAAUAAUUUCUAUGGCUUUAAAGCCACUUUCAACUUUCUAUAUCCAGAAGAAAUAAAGCCACGGGCCUCGCCUAGCUUACUCCACGUUCCUGAUCUGAAGCGCAUCACCAAAAGUGUCUGUGGGGUGGCCCCUCUCUCUGCUCAGUGGCUCCUAAAUCGAAUUAUCGGUGGGGAGGAAGCUUGCCCCAAUUGCUGGCCAUGGCAUGUGGUGCUAAUGAUCAAGGGAAGUUUUGAGUGCAGCGGGGCGAUUCUGUCACCGGACUGGGUGCUGACGGCUGCCCACUGCUUACUGUCCUCUGAUACCUCCCUAUAUGUGAUAAUUGCUGGCAUCCAUGACCGAUUCUUAAACAAAUCAAGUGAACAGAGAAGAAAUGUCCUGACUAUCGCAGCUCAUGAAAACUUUAACCCCCUCACCUAUGAAUAUGAUGUGGGGUUGCUUCGUGUGAAAGAGCCCUUCACGUUCAAUGACUUUGUGCGUCCAGUCUGUCUGCCCAGAAAGGAUGAGCCCAUCGAGCCGUCCUCCCUUUGUGUGGUCACUGGUUGGGGCAACACAGAAGAAGUUGGAAAGCUUUCCAGACGCUUGCAGCAGCUCCAGGUCCCCAUUCUCAAUUCCAAGGUCUGUAACACUACCUACUAUCCCAGGAUGAUCUCAAAGCACAUGAUCUGCGCAGGGUUUCCAGACACUGGAGGAAAGGACACCUGCAAGGGAGACUCCGGAGGUCCGCUGGUCUGUCUCAAUACGGACAACUCCUACGUAGUUGAUGGCAUUGUCAGUUGGGGUGUUGGCUGUGCUAGGGCGAAGAAGCCGGGAGUGUACACCAGAAUCCGCUCCUUCUUGAGUUGGAUAAAAGACACUCAGCAAGGAAGACGCAACCAAAUAAGUGGCCAACUGACCCUGCCGGAGGGACUGAGGAAUUUAAGGCUAGGGAUAGCGCCCUCUGCUGGUUGUCCAAGUCUACAGGUCCUCCCGGCUUGGUCUGGUGAUCUCAAAUCUUCCGGCUAUCCAAUCACCUACAUGAAUGGCCUGGACUGCUGGUGGACUCUUGACUCUUCCUCUGACCAUCGGAUCCAGAUUUUCAUCAUCGAUUUAUACCUAAAGGAGUCCCCAAACUGUACCUGGGACGCUCUGAAUAUUUAUGAUGGAGCCAGUAAUCGGACACAUUUGUUGGGUUCCCUAUGUGGAAAUGUGUCCAAUUUGACUUUACAGUCCAGUGGCAGCCACUUAACACUCCACUUCCACACUGAUGAGUCUGUUACGGGCCGCAGGUUCCACCUCCAUUAUAGCGAUGUCCCCGCAGAAACACUGCGAGCCCAGGAAACUGACAGAGAAAAUGGAAACUGUGGGAGGUCACUGAUCGAUCCUAUGCCGAGAGGAGCCCCUAUCACAAUACCUGAAACUGUUACUCAUGAAAGAGGGACAGGGCGGAUGGUCGGAGGGCACGCUGCCACCUGGAUGUCAUGGCCAUGGAUAGCCAGUAUCCAGAACAAAAACGGGAAACACUACUGCGGAGCAAUAAUCAUCAGUGAGAGGUGGCUAGUGACCGCCGCGCACUGCAGAUUCAUUGUUGGGUCAGACCAAGUGUUUGUGGGAGUGACCGACCUUUCACAGCCAGAACGAACAGAAGCCUUUGUGAAACGCACUUUCACACAUGAUCUUUACGACACAGAAUUUAUUCCUCCCGAGUAUGACCUCCGCCUGCUGGAGCUUGAGACUCCUCUUGCUCUGGGUUCACAGUUUCCUAAGAUACUGCAGCAAGCGAGGGUACCUCUGGUGUCGAAAGAAGAAUGCCUGAAAUUCUGGGACCAGGACAUUACCGAGGGCAACCUGUGUGCGGGGGCAGCCGGCGCCUCAUCUUGUUUGGGGGACUCAGGAGGUCCGCUGAUAUGUAAAGUGAAGAACAAGUAUGAGUUGGUGGGAAUAGUCAGCUGGGGGAGCAAUAUUUGUGACCCCGACACUCCAGCUGUCUACACCUCAUUGGCAAAAUACAGAGACUGGAUAGAACAGCAGACCGGAGUAUAA